AUGCUCUCCUCCAACAGCAACAGUUGUUGCAAUCACAACCCUAAUAACACACCCUUCUCCGAAAAUGACAUCACCUCCCAAAACCCUAAUUUCCUCUUCGGAUUAAUCCCCAAUUCCCCCAAUCUCUACUUUGACGAUUUCCACUUUCUCGAUCACACCUACGUAAACACACCGCCCCCUGCGCCCGUCCCGGCCGCGACCCCGUCUUCGAAGAAGGACAUGCACAACAAGAUCAACACUGCCCGCGGGCCGAGGGACAGGCGGAUGCGCCUGUCCCUCGACAUCGGGAGGAGAUUCUUCGAUCUCCAGGACUUGUUGGGCUUCGACAAGGCCAGCAAGAUCGUGGACUGGCUGAUACGCAGCUCCAGCUCGGCCAUCCACGACCUCGGGAAAGGCCGAGCUGGGUCGACUCUGAGCGAGUCGUGCAUGUCGGAGGAGGCCGUGUCGUCGGUGGGGAAGGGGAGGAGGGGGAAGAGUAGGGUGGUGGUGCAGCAGCAGAAGAGGGCGACUGUGGCGAGGGAGUCGAGGAGGAAGGCCAGUGAGAGGGCUAGAGAGAGAACCAGUCAAAAAAGACGACUGAUGAGAGAGAGUGAUGUCCAAGUGUACAACUCGGAUGAAGCUAAAGGUACAACUCAAGGAGAGGGUUUCAGCCCUUGGAAUUCAUUUCCUUUAAAUGGAACUGAUCACGCUGCAUUCUUUCAUCACAAACCUAGAGAUGCCCAAGAUUUUCAGUUCCGGCAGUUAACCGUGGAACCGUAA